CACACACACACACACACACACACACACACACACACACACUACGAGCGUUUGUACUCCAACUCAUGAAAUUUUAAAAGAUUGUAAGUCGUCCGUCAAUCGAGAGUAUAACAAAAAGCGGUUGGCAUAUGAAGAAUUCUCGGGUUCUUCUUUAUUGUGAAGCAGAAGGCAAUCCUCCUCCUCUUAUCACUUGGUCUUGGAAGAAAGGACGCACCAUUACCAACUGUACGAAGAGAAUGAGCGUUCUUCAGGGUGGACGUUUCCUUGUAGUGGAGAGAAUGAAAGCUGAUAUUCUAGUCGAUAUACUUGUACUGCAUCCAACAUAGUAGGAGCACGGAAGGAAGUUGUGCAAACGUUGAUGAUGGAGCGUCCUACCGUUAGUGUACUUGACAAAGUGACGGUGAAGGAAAAUACUGCUGUACGUUUGCCUUGCAACGUCACCGGCAGUCCGGAACCCGAGAUAAGGUGGAUGAGAAUGAAAGACGGCGUUUACUUGCCAGAGCAUUCGGUCCGGUCUGACGGUGUGCUCGAGAUAGAGAAAGCAUCGAGGUCGUGGACAGGUAACUACGCGUGCGAAGCGCACAAUCGAGCAGGAAAAAGAAGAAAAGAAACGAAACUGGACGUUCUGUAUCCUCCUCGUAUUGUCACGGGACCGGGAAGAGUCGAGGUACCGGUCGAUCGUCGAGGCAAUGUGUUGCGCAAGAACGUCGAACUCUCUUGUAUCGCCGAUGGCAACGAGACUCCUACUAUUACUUGGUUCUAUCGGAACGCUCCUCUGGAACCUGGACCUAUGAUAUGGCAAAUAGAAGGACUCGAUUACGUUCCUGUGGCGACUAUUUCUAAUGAUAAAAACCGAUCUUUGCUAACGAUAGAAGAUGUUCACGAGCUCGUGCUACACGAGUAUGCGUGCAGGGCAGAAAACAGUCAGGGAAUUGACGUGGCGUACGGCAGACUCGUCAAGAGGUCAAACUCUUAGUUGGAGUCGAGAGAAAAAGGAAGGAAGAAUGCUCAACGACUUGCUCUUAGAUACUUUGUCACAUUACAUGCAUGGACUUGUAGCUAUAGUAGAGACACAAACAUUCUGAUAUCGUAAAGUUGUAGUAAUUAGGUAGCACCGUACAACGUUUCUACUUUUGAUGACUGUAAUUUACUGACUAUAGUUGUAUUUAACUAAUUAAAGUUAGUUGGGAUCAUACUAAAGAAAAUUUA